UUGCAAGUGGUCAGUCCCGGUCUGUCACUAUUCUUAGCAGCCUCGCUAUUGGCUCGCAGGUUAACCAGUCACAAAACGACCAGAAUGUCUCGUCACACAAAGCAGCACCUGUGAGCGUUCUCACACUCAAACUCCCUUAUAGCCUUCCACUUGAAAUAUAUCUUAUAGGACAUGGGUGUUGUAUAGUCAAUGAAAAAUAGCUCAAUCUUGAGUUAGAAUUUGCCGAUCAAGAAAAAAAAAAUCAAUUGGAACUGCAGGCGAAACAUUUGGUCUCAGUCGAGUGUAUUGUAAUUUAAUAGCUCAUUGUUAACUGAAAAUGGGUUUGCGAGGCAUUGGCUUUCUCCUCCAGUGUUACCUUGUGUUGGCAGCAGCCAUGUAUUUUGAUCUCGGAGAGCAGGAGGAAAAAUGCAUCAUUGAGGAGAUUCCUGAAGACAUGCUGGUCACUGGUUAUUUCUUGUUGGAGCCUUGGGAUUUAAAGACGUUCACCCACUCCCCUCACUUUGGCGUCACUGUGACAGUCAGAGACCCAAACCAUGAGGUUCUGAUGACCAAACGCUAUGGUAAAUUUGGUAAAUUUACCUUCACAGCUCACGCCUCUGGUCAACACUACCUUUGCUUCCAGACCAACUCCACGAGGUUUGCUGUCUUUGCUGGAGAGAGGCUGAAGCUGCACUUGGACGUUCAGAUGGGAGAGCACUCGAUCAACCCCAACACUGAAAAGACCAAAGACAACAUGGAGACUCUGGAGAACAGCCUCAGCCACCUCAUAGAUCAGAUGAUGUUCAUCGCCAGGCAGCAGGAGUACCAGAGGGAAAAAGAGGAGGUAUUUCGUCAGAUCAGUGAAGAAACCAAUAGUAAAGUGUUAUGGUGGGCCGUGGUGCAGACCUCUAUCCUGCUGUCCGUUGGUUUCUGGCAGAUGAAACGACUCAAAGACUUCUUCAUCGCCAAGAAGCUGGUCUGAAGAUGACCUCUGACCUGUCAGCUCUAUACCUGAUGACCUUACAGCAUGUCCUACCUGUCCUACUGUCUAUACUGCCAACAUGUAUAUC